AUGAAAUUUCUCCUCCUCCUUCUCACCGUCGUUGGCGUCAUGGCCAUUCCCACUCCUUUCAAUGAACAAGACCAACUCAAUGUACUUGAACAAAGAGCCGAAGAUAUCCCUAUCAUGGCAAGGGAGCCAACCGAGACCGCUACUCCAGACUGGGGAUACGGAGCUACUUGGCGACGACGCAACGACAAGCGGUACGUUUGUACGCCUGCAGAGAUCAAAAACGGCGAUCCGUGUGGACCAUAUAGGGGACCGAGGUUAUACGUUAGGGAACAUGAUUCGUCUGCAGACGAAGUAGCUAGGAAACGGUCUGAUGAUAUCGAUCUCGAACACCGUGAUAGUUCCGAGACGGCUACUCCUGAUAGCUUCGGCUCCCCUUGGUGGCGACGGACCCAUGAUAAGCGACUUUGUUUUAAAGCAGACAAAUACUGUGAUACGUGUACACGACCCCCCUGCCCAAAGAUAUGGGUAAGAGAACAUGACACUACGUCUCAAGAAAAUGUAGCUAGGGACAUCGGCGAGUGA